CUUGAGGAGAUCACAACGCGUUACCGACCUUUCCUAAUCCGGCGUGGAAACCUUCCGAGACAACAAAAACUGGCGAGUCCACACAUUCUCUCCCCAACUUUUCACGGUCCAGAUUCCAUAAAUGUUUUUCCACACAUCCAAACAUUGAAUGAGAGGGAAUAUAAAUGAAAUGAAACACAGAACGGAAGCUUUUUCUUCGGCUUCUCCUUCUUCUUCUUGUUUUAGUACUGUUUCUCUCGUCAUGGGUCGUGGUCCUCGGCUUCUGUCUCUCUCAUCUUCUCUCUCAAUCAGCUUCUGCUUCUUUGCUUUCCUGCAAGACGCGGUUUUCUUAGUCGUCGUUAAUGGGAAUAAUAAUCCCAACCUAACGUCUUCGACACCUAUCGACCGCGAUCUCUACCAUUCCAGUAGCGAUUUGAUGGAGCAGAUAAAGGCUUUGGUCCAGCGUCACCCGGGCAAACUCAAUAUUGAAACAGUUAAAUCUAGAAAUAAAGGCUAUCAGGCUGAGAUCUCAGUGGUUACAUAUUGCCGGGGAGGGAGAGGGAAUGAUGAUGGGUCAAAGUUUCGGAUCCUUCUUAGUUUUGGACAGCAUGGAAGGGAACUCAUUACAUCUGAACUUGCUUUUCGGAUUUUGUCAAUAUUAAGUGAAGAACAGUUUCUACCCAACGUGAGCCCAGCUUCACUAAAUAGUAUCCUUGACAAGCUUGUCAUAAAGGUAGUGCCAAUGGAAAAUUUGAAUGGCCGCAAACUUGUUGAAGCCGGAGAUCUUUGUGAGCGGAGGAAUGGGAGAGGAGUUGAUCUCAACCGAAAUUGGAGUGUAGAUUGGGGCAAGAAGGAAAAGGAUUAUGAUCCGUAUGAGGAAAAUCCUGGAACUGCUCCUUUUAGUGAGCCUGAAACUCAAAUUAUGCGGAAACUUGCCUUGUCUUUUGAUCCACAUGUAUGGGUUAAUGUGCACUCUGGAAUGGAGGCUCUCUUUAUGCCGUAUGACCAUAAAAACACUACACCUUACGGACUUCCUACACAUCAGAUGAAGUUGUUGCUUGAAGAGGUGAACCAUCUUCAUUGCCAAAAGCAUUGCGUGAUUGGAUCUGGUGGAGGCUCUGUAGGGUAUUUGGCACAUGGGACCGCAACAGAUUUCAUUUACGACGUUGUAAAGGUGCCCAUGGCUUUUACAUUUGAGAUAUAUGGAAACAGAGCUGCCUCAUCUAACGACUGCUUCAAAAUGUUCAAUCCCACCGACCUCACUACGUUCAAUAGAGUUCUCAACGACUGGUCUGCUGCUUUUUUCACUAUAUUCAAAGUGGGACCACGGCUACUUGGUGAAGUCAAUCCAAAGGUACUGCCUGUGUCGAACUUGGCCAAGUGGGUAUCCAUCGAUGACUAUCUGGAUGGUUACUUGAUGAAGAGGAGUAGCAGAUAUGGGAAGAAGAUGGAAGUGCUUGAGCUUGGGAUCCAAGAGAUUAGAACGUAUUUCAGGCUCUUUUUAUUAUCCUCAGUAUUAUUGAUGUUCAUGUUCUGUGCCAGAAUUUCAAAAAGCAAGUCCACUAGACAAGUUAUUACUGGCAUUCCCAUCUGAUAUAUAUUUUCUUUUCACCCUGGUGAAAGGCACGCAGAGUGUUGUAUGUUACUAUAGUCUAUAGACUAUAAAUAUUCUUUUACCCCUUCUGUCA